GGGGCGGUGCCUUUCCAAAACGAGGACCCAACACCUCCGUAGCCGUUAUGGCUCACGCCAUUUUGACUCCAGCCCUGUGCGCCAGCAGCGCGCAGGGCGUGGCCUGGCCGCCCCCCCCCCGCGCCACGAGAGCGCAGGGAUCCUCCCGCGGCCCGCGCAGGGGCCCCCCUUCGCCGCCUGCGAGCAGAAGGCCCGAUGGUGCGCCUCCAGCUCUCCCCGGCGAUCGCCAGGCCCCUGCCCGUCGAGGCGCUGGCCGACCUCGGCGGGCCCCCGUGGCCCUGCGGCUCGGUGCCCGGGGGGGCGAGGCACACGGAUCCGACGACGGCUGGCAGGCGAGCGGACCCCGCCAGCUCGCCCUCGAGCAGCUGUGGGAACGCCCGUGGCCAGGAGGAGGUGCUGCCGGUCGGGCAGGUCGCGGAGGCGACCCGGCUGUCGAAGCACGGCGCGCAGCCAACCAGGCCGCCAGGCCGUACAGACCGAGCUCGGCCGGCGAGCUGCACGACGCCCGCGGUCGCCAUCUCCGCCGACCUCAAGGCGGCGCGGGGCACCGCGCUCAGCGGUGGCGGCCUGAGCGGAUGCACCACCGUCAGGCUGAAGAAUGUGGAGCCGUCGCUCAUGCCAGACAUGGCCAUCGCCGCGCUCAGCGCCAAUGGGUUCGAGGGCAUGUUCGACUUCGUGCACGUGCCGAAGAGCAUGAAGAAGAAAAAUAACAACAUGGGCAUGCUCUUCAUAAAUUUUGUCGAGCCCGCGACAGCGAAUGCGAUGUACCAGUCCUUCCACCACCAGACAAUGCCUGGAGUCAGCGCAGCGGGCAAGACGCUGGAGAUCACGCCAGCAUACAUUCAGGGCUUCCAGGAUAACUUCGACUGGCAUGUAAACUCCGAGGCGCAUUUCCUUUUCUAGUCGGCCACGAGACCCUUGUGAGAGCUUGUAGCAGGCGUGCGUUGCCGAAGGCGAUGUUUCGUCUGCACGGGGAUUGAAUGUGCCUCCUGUGGUUCCAGGCCCUAUUGCAGGGCAUACUUGGGACACAACACAAGUAGAACUUGCCCGAGGAAGUGCUGUCCCCUUGUCGGAGCACGCUCUUGACGCGUGCCUCUUCAUUUGAGUAUGUGCGUAGUCUGUUCCAGAUCGUCUACGGGUUGGACACCGCUCUGAGCACAUCGCUCGUGCAGGACACGUGCUUGACGUGGGGCGGCGGUGAAUUUCGCCCUGUCUCGCCACGCACGAUUUUACGAAUUCGGUACGUCGCGCGCACGGGUGUGAGGGUGGGGCGGAGGUGGGGGUGAGGCGGCUAGUCUUGGUCUCAUGUCUUAUUUCUUUUGCACCUGCUGGUAUGCGUGCAACGCGUUCCCACCCCAAUGUGCGCGCAUGACUUUAUAUAUAUAUGAUGUUCACUUUGACGGCCACGCAUGCGACGCAGGUCUGUGUCUAGUUCGCAGCUUUUUCAUUGGACGGCAGCACGGGCACGCCGAACCUGUAUAUCCUUAGAAGACGUCGGUCCUGUGAGCAGGCCUCACGCAUUAGGAUGAGCAUUGGAAUGAGUAUCACCAGCAUUGUUUUGAAAUCGUGGGGCCGUGCGGCAUUUGUCCAAGCACGUGUGAUUCACCUUGCGGGGAGCGAACCUCGUCCAUUGUGUGGUUGCUGCCUUGGCAUGCUGCAAGCAUUGAAGAACACACUCGGGUCCUGGCAUGACUUCCUUUGAGGGGCAAGGCUGCCCUCUUCGUGUGUUUUAGGUCGAUCUACUCGUACGGAUUGGAGAGACCCUGGGCACCAGUUGAAGGUUGGCACGCCUUGGCUAUUGCAGCCUUAUGCCUUGUAGCAGACGCGUUCGGAUGCAAACGCACGGGGCGCGUGGACUAGGGUUUCAUGUCCAGUUCAAUAGACUUCUGCUCUUCCACAGGUCGAGCGGCGUUCAUUCUAGAAUUCGUCACGCCUGCCGUCCCGCAACAGGGUCAGCCAGGGGGCCAGGCCCAGACCUGACCGGGCGCGGACCCCCGCGCCGCGCGGAGGACCGCGUGGAGCUCAGCCAGCGCUGCCACGAAGCGUUGGCGAUGAGCCUUUGGUGUUGGCGAUGCUUCGGGAGGGAAGGAGAG